AUGAUGAUGAACACGAACUGCAUCGACUGCAUAGACGUGCAGAACCCGCUGAAGAUAAGCAAGGCCCUGGUCAAGCACCGCCAGUGGGCCGAGUCCGACGCCAGGUUCUUGAGGAUGAUCAGCGCGAGCGCGAGGGACGGUGCCGUCGGCGGCGGCCGCGACCCCUUCGUCGACGGGUACGUGUGCCGGCAGAGGUUUCUGAGGAGCUACAAGUUUAGCCAGAAGGAGGAGACGGUGGCUCAGAGAACCAAGAAGUGGUUGAGGGGGGCGAAGCAGAGCGCUGCCGCGCAGUCCACGUCGAAGGAGGAGGGCAAGAACGAGAACAAGGGCAAGAAGAAGAAUAAGAAGAAGAAGAGCAUUGGCGACGGUUCUUGCUCGUUUCUUGAGGCUGUCUUCAACUUUCUGUUCCUGUGCGUCGCCAAAGUGGACGUCGACGAUGUGGUUCUUCGGACUCGGCCGGCCAAGGCUUGA